UUUCCCCAGGAAUUAUCCUCCAUGUUUUAUCUAGAAAUUAAAGUAGUGAUUAUUAUGACGGAACAAUACUUUCCAUCGGUUUAUUCAUAACAACUUGCUCGUCUCAUUAUGUCGGAAAAAGUUACGUGAAACUUGAGAAAUUAUUAGAAUUACAAAGUAAAAUAUAAUUAAAAUAGGCUUAUAUAAAUUAAUUAUAUAUGUUACAUACAGAUAAAGAUAUUCUUUACUUUUUCUUCGAUUGUGCAACGAAAUUAAUCGGCGCGAAAAUGACACGUAAAGAACCGAAACUUUGUAAACAUUUAUGAUCGUGCUUACUAAAUAAAGAUAUUCUAUAAAUAUUUCACCUGCCUAAAUGGUCGAGAACAGAAGAAUAAUGGAUUUGAAUUGUUAAAGAAUGACGUAUCAGAUGCUUUAAUAAAUGUAGUGUUUGUGGUAUUUGCAAGAAAAUGAAAUUCUAACACAAACGAAGAUUCAAUUACAAUUUCUGAUUUGUGUAUGUAAAGUGAAAAAAUACUGCAUUUAUAUUUUUAUAAAAAUAUUUUUUUUGUACAAUGGACUCUGAGGGUUCUGUUAUAUUGGAAUCAUGCGGAGAACAUUCAAUUUUAAUUCAAACGGUAAAAGACAUGGUUAAUGUAAAUACACAUACUGAUUUACAAAGUGAGGAAGGUGGAUUUUUCGUAGUAACAGAUGUUCAAGAUGAACAACAAAAUGUGAUAGAAGUUUCAAAUGAGCAAUCAACAGUAGGACAGUCUGAUGUACAAUUUUCCUGGUCUAAUUUAUGUAGAAUAUGUGCAAAUGUCAAUGAUCAUUUAAUCCCAAUAUUUGAAGGAGAAGGUCUACAACAUGACUUAUGCAAUAAAAUACAUAAAUAUUUACCAAUAUGUGUAUCUGAAAAUGAUGCACUCCCAUUACAAUUAUGUUACCAUUGUGCUGCUACAUUAUUAGCAUGGCAUGAACUAUUAGAAGGAUGUCUGAAUGCAGAAAGAAGAUUAUUAGAGAUGCAAGAUGCUUUGCAAGAAAAACAGGGUAUAGAAGGAUUAGAAACUUCUACACAGGAUGCAACAUCUGCACCUAAUGUAACGGAAUCACUUCAUCAACAGCAAGAAACUGUAAAGGAUGAAGUCUCUGGGAAUUCAGCUGUUAAUGAUUCAGACAGGUUUGGUCUACUUCAGAAGAAAUCCUUCACAACAUAUUGCUCAUGGCAGCAAGCGAAUGAGGCGAAUUCUAAAGAAAGAAUAAAAGAAAAAAUUAAUGACGAUAGUGAUCAUUCAUUUGAAAGUUAUUACAAUACAGAUUUAAACAUGGCAGAAAUGGUGAAAGUAAUGCUACCUUCUUUGAGAGAAAUAAAAAAUCAAUAUACGUGCAAACACUGUCGACGAAUCUUUGAAAGAAAAUACCACUUAUCCCGACAUAUACUCCAAUGUAAAACUGGCAGCUUCACUGAACGUACUAUAUCAAAUGCGAAAGAUGUAGAUGAAACAGAAGAUAAAGAUAUGAAAAACGAAAAUCGAAAAGAUGUAAGAUUGUUUCAAAAAUAUAAAAAAAAUAAAGUUGAAACGUAUCCAUGUAUAUAUUGUGAUUAUGCAGUCAAACAAAAAAAAUUGCUCGAACUACAUUUGUUGGAAUCGCAUUCAGAGUUUACCAGAAAGAAGGACAAAAAAUUAAAAUGUGCCGAUCGAGAAAUGGUUGUGCGUGCUAAAAUGGAAAUCGAUGGGAAAGUUUAUUAUCAUUGCAACGAAUGUGGUAAAAAUCUUUAUUCACCUUAUACGUUCUUCUGGCAUGUGCGUAUACAUACUGGAGAACGACCAUAUACUUGUCAUCUUUGUGGCAAACAGUUUCGUAUAAAUCAAGGACUAGCGAGACAUUUACGAGAUACGCAUGCAGGCAUAAAAAAUUUUCCAUGUGACAUAUGCGGUCGAAUGUUUUCGACAAAACGUAGCGCGGAAGAUCAUAAACGUAUUCAUACUGGUGAACGACCAUAUAUUUGUAAUAUUUGUGGAAAAUCAUUCAAGCAAAAGGCUUCUCUAUUUGUACAUAAUCGCACUCAUUCAGAUGUGUUUCCUUUUAAAUGCAAUUAUUGCGAUCAGAACUUUCGAACGAGACCAUUACUCAUGUUGCAUGUAAAGAAACAUACAGGUGAAAAGCCACACGCAUGCGAUAUAUGUGAUCGACGGUUCCGUAUAAAAUACGAGCUAAAGCGUCAUCGUUUAAUUCACUUUGAUGAUAAACCGUGGCAAUGCACAGAAUGCAAUCUCUCGUUCCGACAGAAACGCUAUUUAGUUAAUCAUAAGAAAGUUAAUCAUAAGUUUGCGGUUCCUAUGAAAUAAUAGAGAAAACUCUCUUUUCAGGUGUAAGUAUCAAAUGAUUGAAAUCGAUGUAAAACAUGAGCCAAGCAAUUUGUCUAAUAAUGAACAUACGGAACACCAAAAUAAUGGUGUCGGAAUACAAGUAUUGUCAGAGACUGAUAUUAAUGUUAACAAAAACCAAAGAACAGAA